AUGGACCAUCCAGCCAAUCUGCCCUUGUCUGCCGGAUUCGAAUGCGCCGAGGAGGUGCACAGACUUGCCAAUGACCAGCGCGAUCGUGAUUUGGGCAACAGCAGCGAGUCAAGCCAGAGCUUGUGCCGUCAGCAGACUGUCUCCUUGAGCAUUUCCCCGAAUUACGUGGAACAAUGGGAUACCACCGCUGCUUUUCGGGAACUGUACCAGAACUGGAAAGAUGCGAUUGUUGAAAGAUUUCAGCUCGAGAUUCGAGAUUUUCAGCCCCGGUACGAGAACAAGCGUGACUGCAUAUCCAUCACGGUCGUCGUACCAGACCUCUCUCGUCCGGAUCGGCGCGGCCGCGCUUUAGGAUUUGCGCGAGAGGGUUAUAAAGUGCACAUGGCUGCCGAUGGCUGUGACUGGAGCUUCCGAAGCCGCGGGCCACCUAACUUCCAGUUUUGCUGUCUCAUUCGCCCAUCCAAGCAUGUCAAUUCCAACCACUAUACCGACCCCACUGCGGACAUGACCCAAUUGCGCUCGCGUAUCGAGAGGGAUGUUGCAAUCACGAUUGGUCCAGAGCGCAACCGGAGGCGUGAGAAGGUCGCGUUGGACGUUUUUAAAAGGUGGUUGGAGAUCUCUCUCGAUAUCCGCGGUCUUUCUUACCCGGCACAGAUCAUUGAAACUGACGUAGGAGACAUCAUCCUCGACAAAAGGUAUAGUGGCAAAGUUUAUUGCAAGGGGAUUCUGUUGAUAGGCUCGGCCUUCGGGACUGCUGCUUACAAAUUUGGGUAUAAUUUUUUGACAGUGGCAGCUCAUCGUGACCGAUUAGAGAUGAUUGACAAAGAGGAGCAAGCCAACCUCGUGCGGAGAAUGUGGGAGGCCGCCAUCCGUCAGGACGAAGCAUCGGCACUUCCCCUCUACGUGGACCUUUUGUGGAACUCUCCAGGGGCUCCAGAUGUGGAACUGGCAGACCGUCUCCUGGAGCCAAGCACAAGAUCUUUGGUUUGGAAAUACCUCCUAGGGGAGGCAAAUGAAGAGCAGUUUUAUUAUAGUGCAACCUGCCACGCCAAGAAUGCGGAUGUGAUCCGCGAUGACCUAAAGAAAAAGCCGGCCAGAAUUCCAGAAUCGCUGUGGAACUUGCUCCGGUCAAGUUCUCCGAUCAGAACAGCGGAGGAAGAGCUGAUUGCAAUAUUCAACAGCGCCCCGGCAUGUUCAGCUCCCAACUCAUCUUUCGCCAUAGCGGUUCAGAGAAUUUUGAAAUCAUGUAUGGCUCUCUAUGACAGCACAAAGCAUAUUGAAGUUUCGUUUGUCGAUGCUCCUGAUACUUCGAUUGAUACCUUCUUUGAUCUCGAGCAUCAAGUGCUCAAGGUUCACCACAGGUGGUUGGACUUUGAUGUCAUGCAUCACAAGUAUCCCUGCCGGGAUCAUUUUCCUGAUAACAUGGCUGGGCCCAACGCACCAUUCUACUGCGAUCAUAUCAUCGAAGAGCUCCUGCGCAAGGUGCUACCAACGAUUUUCCGGCUUGCACCCAUGACGAGGGCAGCUGAGAAUGGAGUCAUACGACAAAUCAGACAACGUCUGCGGCAUAUGCCGCAUAGUAUCACGUUGGGGCGAAAAGCUCAGAUCAAUGGUCUCACCAUUACGUGGGAGGAUAAUGAGAUGGAGUCAUUUCGGAAAGCGUAUCGGUCCCGAGUCGGAUACCAUGUUGUGUUGCACGAGGAGAGGUGCGCCAGUACACGAUUGGAACUAUUACACGGGGAUGCACUCACGUAUACGGAAGGGUACGCUCCCUGCGGCUGUCCAGAGCAGUUGACAACUUCGCAGUGCAAUAAAGGGGUGGUAUUUACCGACUUGGACUGCUCGAAAAACUACUUUCCAAUGAUUGCCUUGAACCAGCGAUCAGCAUUCUUCGGGGCCCCGCCAGAGCCAACAGUCUUCGGUGGAUGGGUUGAAGUCGGAGACCUCCUGGAUCGCAUAUCGCAGGCAGGGUAUGUACAGACUUUGCCGGUUUGGGCACAGCCCUGCCCGCAAAGCCCCGGGGCAUCGGCAGUCCAGCCACAGCCUCAGCUUUCCCAUAUGCAGCAAACACAACAGGAUCUCUUCAUUCGGCAUAGUAAGCGACAGAAGAAAGGCUGUGAAUGA